UCUAAUGUCUACUGGCCCAACAUCCAUUCUAUUAACCUGACGCUAGUCAACGUAAGUCGAGACGACAACGGCUUCCUGCUCACCUGCAUAGCAGAGAACCUAGUGGGAAUGACCAACGCUUCCAUCCAGCUGGCUGUACAGUUUCCACCAGUCAUCCUGAAACUCUCCGAGCCUGAGCGGCGCCAUGACACCUGCAUAGAGUUCACAGUGAGAGGCUAUCCCUACCCGACGCUGCGAUGGUACCACAAACAGAGAGAGAUCCUGCAGAGUGAGUACAUCAGGACGGAGAUGGAUUUCUACCGGGACUAUCUGGAGGGAUGUCUGACUUUUCUCAACCCAACACACUACGAUAACGGAAACUACACGCUGCAGGCCUCCAACUUCCCUGGGGACCGUCACCAAGACGGUCUACGGACACUUCCUCACGGCUCCGCCUUUGACCCUGACCCUGACGGUAACCACAACAUUUUCUUAGACAGGGACACAUCAUACAACAAAAGCUAUAGGUCUCAGAACAGUGAGAAAUUAUGCAUUGCAGCAGAUUUAGCUAUAAAAGCUCAUUGA